AUGUCAAACUGUAAGAACAAGAUGGCUCUUGUAAUUGGAGUUACGGCUUUGUUUAUCGGUAGUGCAAACGCACACGCGUAUAUGACGGUGCCUAAAGUGAAAUGGCUUCCAACGCUAAACGACCAGACUGCGUUUGUUGUUGCGAUCCAGUCUGCAGAAACAGGUUGGACGGGGCCAUUUAACGGACCACCAGCAGAUAACACCAGACUUUUCUGGAAUGGCUUUAAGAAGAGCAAAUUCAAAGACAUUCGGGAAUUCGUGGAAGUAAUGGGAAAAGUUUCGGUCGCUGGUGCCACUAUGAAAUGUGGACAAACCGAUCCGAACGCGCCACCUCAGCCACUUCCAGACAUGCUGGAGUGGACAGGCUUUACUGGAUCACACGAAGGUCCAUGCGUAGCCUAUUGUGACGACUUUAUCGUAUUUGAAGACACAGACUGCGCAGCCCAUUUCAAUAUGACCCCAGCUGUAAUGCCCUACAAGAAGGAACUCUGCAUAGAGGCGAGUAUCCUGAGAUUCCUUUGGAUAGCUCUGCAUGGACUCGAAUGGCAAGUUUACAUCAACUGCGCCCCGCUUAAACAUGGCAAAGGUGGGACCACUCCGAAGGUCAAAAUUCCUCCAUCCACUCCUUUUGCUGAACCUACAGCUCCUCCAUCCACUCCUUCUGCUGAACCCACAACUCCUCCAUCCACUCCUCCUACUGAACCCACAACUACUCCAUCCACUCCUUCUCCUGAACCCAAACUCCUCCAUCCACUCCUCCUACUGAACCCACAACUCCUCCAUCCACUCCUCCUACUGAAGCCCAAACUCCUCCAUCCACCCCUCCUGCCGAUCCCCCAGCCACGAAAUCCAAUAACGAGAAGUGCGUCCGUCGCCGCACCCUCGAUUAGUCGUCGCUUCGUCAGCGUUGCCUUGCCAUGGUGCAUGUGUACGUUUGUCAGUAUCAUACACAGUAAGGUACUGAUUGCCACUUAA